AUCUCUACGGUAACGAACACUGACGUUAGAAAAGUGGGACUAGUUGUAUCCAAAACGUCAUCAGUGAGCGUCGAAAGGAGGUGGCUGAUGUCUUCGAAAAAGCAAAUUGCUGUCGUGUAGAUAUCGCCCGAAUUUCGUCUGAUAUUGCUGAACAGCGGCUACUGGGAUGCCGAAAAAGUUCCUGGGUGAGAACUCCAAGGCGGCUACAGCCAGAGCCCGCAAGGCUGAGGCUAAGGCAGUGGCAGACGCACGCAAGAAGCAGGAAGAGGAUGAUGCCCUGUGGCAGGAAACUGACAAACAUGUACUCAAAAAAGAGCAGAGAAAGGAUGAUAAAGAGAAGAAAAGGAUGGAGUUAUUGGAGAGGAAAAAAGAAUCCCAGCGACUCUUGGAUGAAGAGAAUGCCAGCAUAAAGGGCAAAUCCCAAAAAGAGAGCGGUGGUGGAAAGGUGACUCGAGCCCAGAUAGAGGAAGCUAUUCAUAAUGUCCCUCAGCCUCAGCACAUCAAGCCAAAAGACAAGAGUCAUCUGGAGAUUCCACUGGAGGAAAAUGUGAAUAGAAUAAUUAAGGAGGAAGGUACAGUGGAAGCUCGAACAGUAGAAGAUGCCAUUGCUGUGCUCAGCAUUGCGCCUGAGGACCUGGACCGUCACCCGGAGCGACGGAUGAAAGCUGCUUUCACUUCUUACGAGGAGGCCAACAUGCCUCGCUUGAAGAUGGAAAACCCCAACAUGAGAUUGUCUCAGCUGAAACAGCAGCUGAAAAAGGAGUGGAUGAAGUCUCCCGAGAACCCCCUCAAUCAAAGAUUUGCGGCAUACAACUCCAAGUGAAGGCACUGAUGUUCCCCAUCAGCGCAUAGCCUCCAUUGGAAACUGUCUUGUGCACCUUGAAAACUUUUAAGUGCAAAACUGACUUAAUUUAUCCAAAAAUUGAGUCUUGCUUUAGGGAGCAUCUUUUUUUUUUCCCCCCUCAUACUUUACCUCCUUUCAUGCUGCCUUUCCAUAAUUUGGAUGUGUCAGAUGCCUAAAGGUAGAGCCGGCAUUUUAUUCGACCUGUGCCUUCCAUUCAAAAUUCACCUAAAGGAAACAUUCCUGACAGUUGAUGCAGCUUCCUACUUACAAAUAAUUAGAUGCAUAGCGACGUCAGUCCCCAGGUCUGGUGCGACGUAUACAAUGCUUGUCAAAAAGAGACUUCUGCUUUCAAGCAAUAGGGCGGAGGGGGAAGUGACUCUUGGGUGUCAUUCUCUGGUUCUGACAUCCCACUAUCCCCUUUCAUAUGGGCUGUUGUACCUCUGAUAUGUUUCUGAUGUGAAAUAGUAAGCCGGGCAACUUGCAGGUUGACAUUAAUUCCCCCGGCUAAAAAAAAAAAAAAAAAAAAGGACAAAAAAAAAGACAGUGUCAGCUUUGAUGGGCAGUGUGAAAGGUGUUUGGACAAGCAGAAUUCAGUUAACCAUGCAAGACUAAUGUGAAUUGACAUUCUCAUGACAUUGUUUUAACACACUUAAUAGAGGUUGGAUUCCACAAGCUUUCACACUAACUUAUUAAAGUCAAACAUCCAGUUAUCAUCCCAUGAUUCGGUGUAAAUUUGAGAACAAAUGGUCAUCUUUUUCCUGUGUGAUUUACAAAAGAGUUCUGUUUCAGACAGUAAGUUGUUCUUAAGUUCAGUCAUUUGUUAUUGCUGUCCACCCUUUAAUAUUACUACGCGUUCGAGUGGCUGAAUUGAGCAUCCGCCAGCUCCUCCACCAAACUAUGUGGCCGUUGGGUUGCUGUGAUUUUUAAGGUCUUAUUUGGCCUGAGAUUAAAGUGAAUGAUGACAUCCGA